CAACAAGCAUCCGAAUUAGCGACCCACUCAAUCUCCGUCACAUCACCUAGAUUUAAUGCUGAGCUGGGCAUUUAUAUCAAUCUCGUGUGUCUUGUGUUUGUUUAUUAUCUGUCUCUGGAAUGUCUCCUCGACGGAGGCAAUGACUGUGUUUUACCAGCGCGGAGCUGGGUUCCCGGCUCCUAAGGCCGGGCCGGGCCUGGCCGGGACGUUAUAGGCUAUCACAUUUGCUUAAUGACUGACCGCUGUUCUGGGCACUGAAACAGACCGAGUUGCUGGCCUUUUCUGUCAGGGGCGGGGCUUGUUCCGGUCACGCCCCCCCCGGCCCGCCCCCAGAUCUAACCCUCUCCCUCCUCUUCACUCCCUGGAAUCCGCUGGGGCCUGUGCAGUGCUUUUUCCUCUAGUUUCCCUCGCUCUCUGCAGCUGUCGCUAAAACACGGAGCUGUGGAUUUUCGAGCGAGCGGAGCGGCGCCGCUGUUCGCGGCACCUCCCCGACAGACCUCGGCGCUGCGCUGGGCAUGCUCAGUUGGUAGGGCCGCUUCAGCGUUCGGAGUAGGAAGCUUGGACGCUCCUGCUGUAAGGAGCUGCGGCCGGGGGAAGAUGGAGCCCUUCACCAAUGAUCGGCUUCAGCUCCCCAGGAAUAUGAUUGAAAACAGCAUGUUUGAGGAAGAACCAGAUGUGGUGGAUUUAGCCAAAGAGCCUUGUUUACAUCCUCUAGAGCCUGAUGAGGUAGAGUAUGAGCCCCGGGGUUCACGACUGCUGGUGCGGGGCCUUGGUGAGCAUGAGAUGGAUGAGGACGAAGAAGAUUAUGAGUCUUCUGCGAAGCUGCUGGGCAUGUCCUUCAUGAACAGAAGCUCAGGCCUUCGGAACAGUGCAACUGGUUACAGGCAGAACUCAGAUGGGACUUGUUCAGUACCCUCUGUGAGGACCAUGGUGGUCUGUGCUUUUGUCAUUGUGGUUGCCGUUUCUGUAAUCAUGGUGAUUUAUCUACUGCCCAGAUGUACCUUUACCAAAGAAGGCUGCCAUAAAAAAAACCAAUCACUGGGACUAAUUCAGCCACUUGCAACAAAUGGGAAGUUGUUUCCAUGGGCACAAGUCAGGCUUCCCACUGCCAUCAUGCCAGUACGCUAUGAACUUAACCUCCACCCAAACCUAACCUCGAUGACAUUCAAGGGUUCUGUGACGAUUUCACUUCAAGCUCUUCAGGCCACAUGGAAUAUCAUUCUUCACAGCACAGGCCAUAAUAUUUCAAGAGUGACCUUUGUGUCAGCAGUUUCAAGCCAAGAAAAACAGGUCGAGGUCCUGGAAUAUCCAUUUCAUGAACAGAUUGCCAUUGUUGCCCCCGAGGCCCUUCUUGAAGGACACAAUUACACCUUGAAGAUAGAGUAUUCGUCCAAUAUAUCUAGUUCUUACUAUGGGUUUUAUGGCAUCUCCUACACAGAUGAAAAUAAUCAGAAAAAGUACUUUGCAGCAACUCAGUUUGAACCCUUGGCAGCAAGAUCUGCUUUUCCUUGUUUUGAUGAACCAGCAUUUAAAGCCACAUUUAUCAUCAGGAUCGUAAGGGAUGAGCAAUACACUGCUUUAUCAAAUAUGCCUAAGAAGUUAUCAGUCAUUACGGAAGAUGGACUUGUUCAGGAUGAGUUUUUUGAGAGUGUGAAGAUGAGCACUUACCUGGUUGCUUUCAUUGUCGGGGAGUUGAAGAACCUGAGUCAGGACGUAAAUGGAACUCUGGUUUCUAUAUAUGCUGUCCCAGAAAAGAUUGGUCAAGUUCACCAUGCCUUGGAAACAACUGUGAAGCUUCUUGAGUUUUAUCAAAACUACUUUGAAAUUCAGUACCCACUAAAGAAAUUGGAUUUGGUGGCUAUUCCUGACUUUGAAGCAGGAGCAAUGGAAAACUGGGGUUUGCUCACCUUCCGAGAAGAGACACUUCUCUAUGAUAAUAAUACUUCUUCAGUGACGGAUAGAAAACUGGUUACCAAAAUCAUUGCUCACGAGCUGGCGCAUCAGUGGUUCGGUAAUCUGGUAACAAUGCAGUGGUGGAACGACGUAUGGCUGAAUGAAGGUUUUGCUACUUUCAUGGAAUAUUUCUCUUUGGAAAAAAUAUUUCAAGAGCUCUCCAGUUAUGAAGAUUUCUUAGAUGCUCGAUUUAAAACCCUGAAGAAAGAUUCCUUGAAUUCAUCUCAUCCAAUAUCAUCGUCGUCUGUUCAGUCUUCAGAACAGAUUGAAGAAAUGUUUGAUUCUCUUUCCUACUUUAAGGGAGCUUCUCUCUUGUUGAUGCUGAAAACUUAUCUUAGUGAAGAUAUAUUUCAACAUGCUGUUGUUCUUUACCUGCAUAAUCAUAGCUAUGCAUCUGUUCACAGUGAUGAUCUGUGGGAUACUUUUAAUGAGGUCACAAACAAAACACUAGAUGUAAAGAAAAUGAUGAAAACCUGGACCCUGCAGAAAGGAUUUCCUUUAGUGACUGUUCAAAGAAAGGGAAAGGAACUUCUUGUACAACAAGAAAGAUUCUCUUUAAAUAUGAAGCCUGAAAUUCAGCCUUCAGAUGCAAGCUAUCUAUGGCAUAUUCCACUAUCCUAUGUCACUGAUGGAAGAAAUUAUUCAAAACAUCGAUCGGUAUCAUUACUGGACGAGAAAUCAGAUGUCAUCAAUCUCACAGAAGAAGUGCAGUGGGUCAAGGUCAAUAUAGACAUGACCGGCUAUUAUAUAGUACACUAUGCAGACGCCGACUGGGAAGCACUGAUCAAACAGUUGAAAAUAAAUCCUUAUGUCCUGAGUGACAAAGACCGAGCCAGCCUCAUCAACAACAUCUUUGAACUUGCAGGCAUAGGCAAGGUGCCUCUCCAGAGAGCUUUUGAUUUGAUUGAUUAUCUUAGAAAUGAGACUUAUACUGCACCCAUCACUGAAGCCCUCUUCCAGACAGAACUCAUCUAUAACCUCCUUGAAAAAGUGGGAUACAUGGAUGUGGCCUCAAGACUGGUGACCAAGGUAUAUAAGUUGCUUCAAAGCCAAAUCCAACAGCAGACUUGGACUGAUGAGGGCACCCCAUCUGCUCGAGAGCUUCGGUCGGUCUUGCUGGACUUUGCUUGCACCCAUGACCUGGAGAACUGCAGCACUGCUGCCCUGAAGCUGUUUAACGAUUGGAUGGCAUCGAAUGGGACUCAGAGCCUACCUACUGAUGUCAUGACGACUGUGUUCAAGGUUGGAGCAAAAACGGACAAAGGCUGGUCGUUCCUCUUAAGCAAAUAUGUCUCUGGAGGCUCUGAAGCAGAGAAGAAUAAAAUACUUGAAGCUCUUGCCAGCUCAGAGGAUGUAUGGAAACUUUACUGGUUAAUGAAAAAUAGCCUCAGCGGAGACAUCAUUCGCACCCAAAAGCUAUCAUUUAUCAUUAGGACAGUGGGCCGACAUUUUCCUGGACACUUACUGGCAUGGGAUUUUGUCAAAGAAAACUGGAAUACGCUUGUUCAGAAGUUCCAUCUGGGGUCCUAUACCAUACAAAGUAUUGUGGCUGGAUCAACUCACCUGUUUGCAACAAGGACACAUUUUUCUGAGGUCCAGGCAUUCUUUGGAAAUCAGUCAGAGGCAACCUUUCGUCUUCGUUGUGUGCAGGAGGCUUUGGAAGUCAUUCAGUUGAACAUCCAGUGGAUGGAGAAGAACCAUAAAAGUCUGAUGUCCUGGCUGUAGCAUGCACACCUGCCCCUCAUUCUGUCACCCACUCAGAGAGCUUGUUAACUUGGGCUCUGCUGCUUUUGCAAAAGCCAAGGUGAAACCAGGAUGGCUGCUGAGUUGUUUGCACUCUUAAGGAGUUCUCGUUUGCUCAGGGCCCAUCUGUAUUUUUCAUCUGUCUUUUCUGACAUGUCUUUGGCAGUGUGUAGUUAUUUAUUACAAAAUUAUAUUCACCUGUAUGCCAACCAUCUACAAAAACAAUGGGUAAUUUUUCUACUUCGAAGAUAUUCAAAUGGGGGAAAACAUCUGUUUGGAAUUCUGUUUCUUAGAAUCUGGAAGGUACUGACAUCAUGAAAUAAGGAAAAAGCUGCUGUGGGAGCCACCAUCUUUGCAGGCUGCUGAUUUGUUAGCCAUUUGUUGCUUCUUGUUGAUGUUAUUUGAAUGUGGUUCAGAGUUAGCUUCAGAAAGUAUGAUAAUGAAGUCGACGAAGCAUGCAACCGUAGAACCUCAGGUGUGCAGAUCUACUUUGAUUUGGGGUUUUGAAUAAUCCUUUAUUUUCUGGAAAAAGUUUAUAACUAUUUUUUUUUUUCUGAAGACUAGCCAGGUGCUACAGAAUUUUUAAAUUUUUGUUGUAUCGUAAAGCUAAAUAGC